AGAGAGAGAGAGAAAGAGCAGAGUCUCUUACCAGGAAAACUCCUCAUGGUGUAUCAGAGGGAAACCCGCGAGCAGACGUGAUGCUGGAGUGAUGCAGAGGCUGGACACAGACUUGCAUUGUCAGACACUGCAUUGAACAGCACAACUACUUCCCUGGCCUGUGGACCCUUCUCUUCUCAUGCAGCCAGAAGAGUAGAUGCUUGUUGAUGUCCUGAGAAAAUGGUGGGACUGAGAAACUGCUCUACAUGGGAACCAUUGCUACUCAAGGCCUCCAGCAUCAAGUCCUGUGCCAGUGGCUGCUCUUUGGGCAUCACUGCACACCUCACUUAUGCUAAUGCAGACAUGGAGUCUGUAGAAGGUGUUUUUGUGUACCCUCUUGGGGAGAAGGAGGUGGUGGUGGGCUUUGAAGCUAUGAUUGCGGGGCGGCUGGUGGGAGUCCAGAUCCAGAGCCGAGGGAAGCUGAAGGACUGCUGUUUGGAUUGCUGCCAUGCCUCUGGUCUCGAAGGCUACUGUGUGAAUGGCCGGGAAUGGGGCUGCUGUGGGAGCUCCAGUCUAGACAUGCAAUGCACCAAUGGACAUCUCAUCCUAGACGAAGACCUUGAAAGAACCACCUUCAUCGUAGGCACAGGAGUCAUUGGUCCCAUGGAUAUUGUGUCUGUUGUCAUAAGCACCACACUUGAGCUUUCCACUUUGGAAAAUGGAGCCAUACGCAUCAUCUACCCCAGUCUGUUAACUCCCAUUGUCAAUAGCCAGAUGACACAGAGCAAGAGUGAAAAUGGGGCAAAAUCAGAAGAAACAGGACCAACCAGCUGUUUUGGUGCCACCUCAGGGAAACAGGACCGGGCCCUGGACUCUGAGCAGCAGUGUGCCCACGCCAUCUUCACCAGUCCUGCUGCAAACCUGGCACCAUAUGAGCUUAACUUCCAGCUGCUGGUCAGAGGGGCCUGCUUAUUGGCUGGCUUGGAAAGCCCCACUCAUGCUCUGAGGGCCGAUGCAGACCCAAGUGCCCAAAGUGCCUCUGCUACCUACAUCACCUUGGCCCAGGAGCAUCCGUAUGACAGACACAUAGAGAUCAUCUUGCACCUCAGUGAACCUCACAGCCCACUGGUCAUACUAGAAAAAGGUCGCCUCUCCUUCAGUCAGUAUGAACAGCAGAUCCACGCACGCCGGGAUUUCAUCCGUUUCACUCGUAAAGAUUCAGAUCCUGAGAGGAAGCUGGAGUUUGUGAGGAAGCGCUACCACAAAGACAUCCCGAGCAGCCCCGUCUUGAUGCUAAACUUCUGCCCUGACCUGCUGCGUGAACCUCUGGAAUUGCACAAAGCCACCAGAGAACUGCUGUUCCUCGUGGAUCGCAGUGGCAGCAUGAGUGGAACCAACAUCCAGCGUGUAAAAGAGGCCAUGGUGGUGGCCUUGAAGAGUAUCCCUGCAGGCACUGUGCUCAACAUUGUGGGCUUUGGCACCACCAUCAAGCCUUUGUUCACCUCCAGCAAAGUCUGCAGUGAUGUCACUCUUAUGCAGGCUAAUGAGUAUGUGCAGAGGAUGAGAGCCGAUAUGCGAGGUACCAACCUGCUGGGGGCGCUCUCCUGGGUGUACCAACAGCCCAUGCAGCGCUCAUACCCUCGCCAGGUCUUUAUCAUCACUGACGGGUCUAUCAGCAAUGUGGCCAAAGUGCUAGAGUUGGUCCGCAGGAACACAUGCAUGGGCAGAUGCUUUGGUCUGGGUCUUGGUCCACGAGCCUGUAGGAGACUCCUGCAGGGCGUUGCCAAACUGACAGGAGGGACAACAGAGUUCUUGGAUGAUGAGGAGAGACUUCAGCCAAAGUUGAUCAAGUCUCUGAAGAAGGCCUUUGAACCUGUGCUGACUGACGUACGGAUCGACUGGUACCUACCAGAAAACAUGGAAGCUUUCCUUUCACCCAAUGAAAUCCCUCCACUUUACCCUGGAAAUUGUCUUAUAGGAUAUUGCACUCUCUUUGAUAUGACAAAUUUCAAAGCAAAAAAGACAGAAUCUCAGGGACGGGGUUAUAAAGGUGUACAUCGUGACUCAGCUGGUUCAGUUUUCGGCCAAUCAAAUGAUGAGCUCUCACCUCCUCCUGCCUCUGAGUUAAUGCCUGUUGUGACAUGUGCAGAUGGCACUGACUUAGAGGAGGCACUGAGGGUGAUUUCUCGAGAAAUUUCCUCUGAGUUUUCCUGCGCCAGAGAGACAGACCCUGCCACAAGCCCAGGUGGGGAACUUGACUGGUCCUCCAGUGAUGUGAGGAGGAGAAUCCAGCAGAGUUCUUAUAUCCAGGAGCAGUACAUCCUCACCCGCUGCUCCCUCAGUACUGAGCCUACAAACUCAAUAGCAAGCCUACAAACACAAUCACGCUCACUCACACAUGCCUCGUGCAACUCAGACUCUGCAGGUGGGGUCUUUCUGCCCGACCCUCACUCCUCUGGUUCAGUGCUGGAUACAAGGUCUCUACCUCAGGGCCUUGAGAAGAUGCCUCCUCCAGAACAGAGAUCUUCGCUGUCACGUUGGGCCGACUCUGCAUGGCAACAAAACCUCUCAGCGGAAACACCUGAUGAUGGAGCAAACAAGAGCGGGGGUCUGGAUGGAGGUGAAGAGUCCCUUAAAAGACAGAAGGCCCUGGCCCGUUCAACCAUGGCUGCACGGAGUUUCUCAUCCCCUCAGGGGGAGCUGGAGAUGCAUCGCCUGAGGAGAGCUUUAGAGAGAGUCUCCUUCGACCAGACUCUGGGAGGGAGGCUGGAGGAAAAUGGACUCCUGUUCCCUGCCUCUCCUCUGGACUGGGACAGUUUCACAGACCCAGAGUACCUCUUUACAGCUGCUCCACCCGAGGAUCCCCCACCAGGCCAGUGCCGCUUACUUAUUCACGGCAUGUUGGGUGGCAGACAGGUGUCCUGGGAGGUCACUGUGGAUUUAGGACACCUCUGUACCUCUGAGGGCCAGGAGACACCAGAGGCUGAUGUGAGUCCAGGAGGAGGAGAGGAGGGAGGAAGAGAAGGAGAACCAUGGGAGGGGAUCAUUCACCAACUAACUGCUCGUUCAGUUAUACGAGACUUUGAGAAAAUGGCGGAAAAGGAGGUUGAUGGUAGACAUGGUUCAGCUAAACGAUACCGCACAAAGGCGAUCCAGACCAGUAAGCACUGCAACAUCAUCUGCAUGUACACAGCCUUCACUACCACUGAUAGCAACAAUGAGAAAGGCCUAAAGGGAAACAUGGACAUCCAAAACACAGGGAUGCAUGUAGGGGACAGGAGGACUUCUCAGUCAGGCAGUCGCAGACAGAGAACUUAUUCUGUAGGUUUGGGCAGACAGCGUAAAAAUAGAGUCGGUGAAGAGGUCGAGGACACCUGGAACUCCACAGACAGAGAUGACACCCCUGCCUCACCCUGUAGCCUUACAUCCUGGGACUCUAGUGUUGGAGGCAGUCCAUACUCUGCCACAGCUCCAUCAAUAGCAGGUGCCUCGUGCAACCGUUCACAGAGAUCUAUUGAGAGCAAGUCAAUGGAGAGCUUCUUUGGCAACAGAUUUCCUCUGGGCAGACUCAGGUCCUCUAUUUCAUCAGGAAAGCAGGUUCCCCUGAAGUCCCACUGUCUGUCUGCAGAGACUGAGAAACAACCUGAAACUGAAAUGCCAGACUACCUGCCCCUGGUGCGUUUGCAGCUUGCAUCAGGAGCAUUUCUUCUCACAGAGAUUUACUCUGACUGUGUUCAGAUCCCUCUGGACCGCCUUAAGAGAGCUUCACCCUACAGCCUCCACCGACGCAGUCUCAGUCCUCCCUUCCGCUGCACAUCUCCCAGCGCUCCAUCAUUAUCCACCUCCACCAAGCCGCCAGGUGCUCCCACUGGCCACCAUGUUACCUUUUCUCCUUCCUCCUGCUCCCUUGUCAAACCAGCUGCACCUCCUUUCCACCACACUCCAGAUGACACGCCCCUGAUGCUGGAACCAAGACUUCGUCGCAGACACUUGUCCGACCGAGACCCUGUCACCUCACCUCCUGACCUCCCCAGCUCAGAGGAAGGCUCCCUGGAGCUCCCUGUCAGCCCCUCUCAGAGCCAGAACCACGGCCAGGCAGACAGUGGUCGUGGUUCAGAGACAGAUGUGUGUGAGGGCUCUGCAUUCGAGCCUGCUGAUCUCCAGGGGAGCAGCCUUUUGGCUCAGGAAGAUCUGGAAGGCUCCAGCUGGGCCACCGCUGUGGCUCUGGCCUGGUUUGAACACCGCUGUGCCGGCUACUUUAUGGAGUGGGAGCUAGUGGCAGCAAAAGCUGACUUCUGGCUGCGCUGCCAGGAGCUGCCUGAGGGAGUGGACCUGGCGGGGCUGAAAGGAGCCGCCAGACAGCUGUUUUUGCUGCUACGCCACUGGGACGAGAACAUCAAGCUAAACAUGCUGUGUUACAACCCCAACAACAUGUGAGGUUAAUGUGAGAGACGCUGAGUCAGAUCUGCUGAUUCACUUAAUC